GGUAGACGUAUUAGUUUCGGUCCCCAGAACGAGUUAACCAUGAAGGCCUUCAUCCUGCUGUCGCUAUUCGUUGCCGGCGCUUUGGCUGGCGUCGAGGAGAGCCUAUGGCUGUCCAAGCAGAUCCGCAUCGAUGCUGGCACCAGCGCUGAGUACAAUGGCCGCAUCGUCGGUGGUUCCACCGUCCCGAUCAGCCAGUUCCCGUACCAGCUGUCGCUGCGCCAGAACGGAAACCACAUCUGCGGCGCCUCGGUUAUCUCCGCCACCUGGGCUCUGUCCGCUGCUCACUGUACCUUCCCGAUGCCAAGUGCCAACUCCAUCACUUUCCGCGGUGGAAGUGAGAGCCGCACCGCCGGUGGUACCAUCUUCCAGGCUGCCCAGAUCAUCAACCACCCGCAAUACAACAGCAACAACUUGAACAACGAUGUGUGCGUCAUCCGUAUCACCACCUCGUUCGUCGGAGCCAACAUUGCCACGGUCCGUCUGGUUGCCAGCGGAACCAACUUUGCUGCCGGUACCAACAGCGUCGUCUCUGGAUGGGGUCUGACCUCUCCCGGAGGAAGUCUGCCAGUUAACCUACACGCCGUCAACAUCCCGGUCGUUGCUCAGGCUACCUGCAGCUCGCAGUGGGGAACUGGACGCAUCACUGCCGCCAUGGUGUGCGCUGGUGUGCAAGGCCGCGACUCCUGCAACGGUGACAGCGGUGGCCCACUGGUCACUGGUGGACAGCAGUUCGGUGUUGUCUCGUGGGGUGCCGUGCAGUGUGGUGGACCGCUCCCAGGAGUGUACGCCAACGUUGGUAAUGCCGCCAUCCGCAGCUUCAUCAACCAGCACACCGGAGUUUAAGCAUUCGCUUCAGUUUAUGAUAUAGGAAAGAAGAACGGAAAAUUAAAAAAAAAAACUAACGCAGUA